AUGGGAUUUCAAAAUGUUGUGUAUGUGACACUUGCAACAUCUCGCAUUCUUUUUCUUCAACGCCGAGAAGCAAUUCAAAGUUCUGACGCCGAAGAAGAAAAAGAACGUAUUGAUUGGGUAAAAAAGUAUUUUAAACUGAGCAAAGAAUACAAGGAAGCUCGAGCUAGAAAGCGAAAAACGACUCGAGAAAACCACAAAAUGACUGAAAAUAAUGCUAAGCUAAAAAUUGAUUUGAAAUACGCCAAUCAUCAAGUUCUUAAAAGGAAUUUAAUGGGAAGUGCUCGAGGAGUUAUUGAAUGGUUCGAGAGACACCAUGAAAUGCCUCCUCAUGUCAGAGAAGACACUCGAUUCAAUCGAUGUUCUGACUCCGAAGAAGAAAAAAAACGUCUCGAUUUUCGAAAAAAGUAUUUUAAACUGAGAAAAGAAUGCAAGAAGGCGAAAGAUAUGCUAUUAGGAACGACUCGAGAAAACCACAAAGUGGCUGUAAAUAAUGCUAAACUAGAAAUUGAUUUGGAAUUCGCCAAUUAUUUAUAUUUUCUAAUGCAGAAGGGACUCAGGAGAAGGAAUGAUGAUUGCCAGGAAACGAAUGAAGAAAAUAUAGAGCUGGCUGUAUCUAAUGCUAAGCUAGAAAUUGAUUUGAAAUACACCAAUAGUGUAGUUCUUCGAAUGGAUUCAAUGCUAAGCGCUCGAGGAGUUAUUGAAUGGUUCGAGAGACACCAUCAUACCAGAGAAGGCAGUCGAUUCAAUCGAUGUGCCGAUGACUACACAGCGGGUUUCAUGCGUUCUCGUGCCAUGGUUCUGCACACGGGCACCGUUUUCUGGCCUCCACCCACUCAGCUGCGAUCAACUUGCAAAAUUGACGUAACCUAUUUCCCAUUCGAUUCUCAGCAUUGCAGUCUCAAAUUUGGCUCAUGGACAUAUCAUGGUUUCCAAGUGGAUACAACGAAUCGAAGUGUGAAUGUCGAUCUUUCCAACUAUGUUACUUCGGGAGAAUUCGAUCUGGUGGCUGUUUAUCAGAAACGUCGAGUCGUAAAGUACACUUGUUGUCCCGAGCCUUAUCCAGAUCUCACAUUCUACAUUCAUAUCAGAAGAAAGACUCUCUACUACAUGUACAACGUGGUUUUCCCCUGUUUGAUGAUGUCCGUUCUCACUUUAUUAGUCUUUUGGUUGCCACCAGAUUCCGGGGAAAAAAUCGCUUUGGGGAUCACCGUUUUGCUCGCAUUCUCCGUGUUCGUGCUUGCGAUAGCUGAAAAAAUGCCAGAAACCUCUGAUUCAAUGCCAUUGAUCGGUGUUUAUCUGACAGUUGUGAUGGGGAUGACAUCAGUUUCUGCCAUGCAACUAAUAGUUUCAGUGUCUACCAUAUUCACGACAAAUCUCGUCCCGGUGGACGUAGUGAUAGGAGCUGAUCGUGUGAAUGUUUUGUCCCAAAAAAAUCUUUUCGCUUCUCGGAGCGAAAAUGGAGCCGUGCCGAAAAGUACCGCAAGAAACAGCGAUGAGCUGAAUGAGAAGCUACUCAAAGCGCUACAGAUUCUCAUCAAGCGACAACAGUUUGAAGAUGACGGCCAAGUGCUUGCAAAUGAAUGGAGACAAGUGGCUCAGGUGAUCAAUCGUCUCCUAUUCUGGAUUUUCUUGAUAGCGACAACAGCGAUUACAACCACUUUAUUGAUCAUUAUCCCCUCCGUUCAUUAUGCAAACGAAACCGGCUUCACUUUGUGUGCUGCUACGAACUUCGACAAAAUGGCACGUCGUUACGAUUCGAGGACUACGAUUUUCUCUCCCGAAGGCCGUUUAUAUCAGGUCGAAUAUGCGAUGGAAGCAAUUUCACAUGCGGGUACCUGCCUCGGAAUUCUGGCCUCGGACGGGAUCCUCAUUGCUGCUGAAAAACGAAAUGUGCAUAAACUUCUAGAUGAUUCCGUGUUAGCCGAGAAAAUCUAUCGCCUCAGCGACAACAUUGCUUGUACGGUGGCCGGGAUUACGGCAGAUGCCAAUAUUUUGAUCAAUCAUUUGCGCUUUUGGGCCGCUGAUUACAAGCUUGGUUAUGGCGAAGACAUCCCGGUUGAGCAACUUGUCCGAAAUCUUUGCAACGAGAAACAACGCUAUACCCAAGUUGGAGGCAAGCGUCCUUUCGGUGUUUCGCUUCUUUACAUGGGAUGGGACAAACAUUACGGAUUUCAACUUUAUCAAUCUGAUCCUUCUGGAAAUUAUACUGGAUGGAAAGCCACUUGCAUCGGAAAUAAUCAUCAGUCGGCCGUUUCAUUGUUGAAGCAAGAGUACAAGAAUCCAACGCUCGCCGAAGCUAAACAACUUGCGAUGAAAGUUUUGUGGAAGACGUUGGACGUGAAGCUGGCUCCAGAAAAAAUUGAGAUGGCGGUGUUGGUCCGGAAAGAUGGAAAAUCGGUGGUCGAGGAGCUUUCGCAUGCUGAAGUCACAGCCCUCAUCAAGGAGCGCGAAGAGAAAGAGAAAGAAGCUGAGCCUGCACGCACU